AACGUUAAGAUAGGCGGCGAGGUGAAAUUGGCCAAGAGGAAUAACAAUUUGGUGGCUGCCACAAAACAACAAAUAAAUUGCAAAAAAAGUAAAAUGUUUACCUUGGAAAAUGAUAAAAAUUCAAAAAGACGACGGAAUAGAAUACAGUCAAGUGAGAGAAAUGAUUUGUCAGCAACAGAGGCUAUACUAGUAACAUCAACAGCUGCCUUAGAAAAAGUGGCAACAACAUUAUCAUUAUCACAAAUAGCAACAGCAACAACAACAAAAACAUUGUCUAUACCACAAAACAACAACAGACAUCAUACAACAGCAACAACAGCCACAACAUCAACAAAUCCUAUGAAAAGUAUUAAAAAUCUCUCUAUGUCUUGUAAAAUUUUUCCAUCAACAUCAUUAUCGUCGUCGUCGUCAUCCCUGUUGUCAUCAUUGUGGUCGUUGUCUUCUUGUUCCUCCUCAAUUAUUUCUGGUAAAAUAAUCUCAAGGAAUUUAUGGAGAACCACAAGUAAAACACCAACUCUAGACACACAAUCAAUAACUCCAACAACAACUGCAACAAUAAAUACGACAUCAUUAUGGCCACAUGCUGCAAGUAUUACAAGAAGACGAAAUAAUUGUGGUGAUGCUGCUGCUGAUGAUUAUUGUGAUGAUUGUGGUGGUGAUCGACGAUGUCAAAGUCUUAGACGACACAGUCAUAGACGGCAUUUUUUAUUGACUUUGAUGCUGUUACUAGUUGUCUGUAUUGUCAACACUUCAUCAGUAAAGGCUGCUGACAGUUUAACUGGUAUUUUGCAAUCGUGUGCCAAUGAAGGUGAAGAAGUUCAAAUUGCCAUAAAAAAUUCCAAAUGCUUUAAAUGUGCCUGCGAGGUAUGUGACAAUAAUUUCAAAAUGUUUUUGAGAAAAUAAAUUUAUAACAAUUAAAAACUCAUGCACAAAAUAACAACAAUAAUUGUUGUUCUUUUUAAAGAAAUUUGUUUUUUUAUAAAUAUAUUUUUUAUAUAAAAAAAAAAAUAAUAAUUUAUGCAUAUUGCUGUAAAAUUCUAUUUUGAAAUUGUAUACCGGAAAUGUAAACAUAUAUGGCGUUAGUAUUGAUAUUACACAAUUUCUUAGGAGGGUUGUUUUCGAAAUUAAUUUAUAUAUAUUGCAACAUUUAUAAUAGCAAUGUUUUGGUUUAUUAAACAGCCCUCGUUUUGCAAAAAGAAAAAAUGUUCUGAAUGAAUGAGUAUUACAAUCAAAUCUGGCUGUUGCUAAAAAUUUCUUUAAGUGUAGUUGUUGUUAUUGUUCUCUUAUAUACGUGUUUCAUUCAAAACACAUUUUAUAUGGUUCUUUUUUCCAUUUUUGGGUUUAAAUUUUGUUUUGGCAAUAACUGACUUUUAACUACUUGACCUGGCCGUGUGCCAUUUGAUGUUGUCACAAAGUUUAGUUUUUUUUUCUCUCUGCAACUUGGGUUUUUGCAGAGGCUGUUGAGAGGGCAAAAGGUUUAAGUUGUUUUUAAAACUGUUCUUUUUAAAAUAAUCAAUAUUCUGUUGUGUUUGUUAUUGGUGCCUUUAGUUGUUGAUUCUUAAGGAGGUUUUAGUUGGGAGAAAUAUUAAAAACUAUUAAAGUAUUAUUUGAAAUUUAAUUGCUUUAUGAAAUAAAAUUUUUGUAAAAUAAUGUUUACGAAAAGAAACGCCCUGACGUUAUAAAUUACAUAAAAGUAAUUUUCCUAAACUGUUUUUUUAGGGACUUGACCGAUCCUUAAUCCAUUCACUU